AUGGACGAAAGAGAAAACUUUCCGAACCAGGACCCUCCCCAGGACUUCGUGUAUCCGGACAUCGAUGAGGCCGUGCAGUAUUCAUGGCAAGGAACACCAGCCAAUAAUGCCAGUCAGCCUCCAUUGUCCUCCGUGAUCGAUCCUCGACUGUAUUCAGCUCCCUUCUCUGGUACGGAUGCCGGUCCGCCAGAUCACGAAACACAGAACGAUGCCAACGAGGCCGAUGCCAGGUCUAACGCAUUUGGCAGACCACCCUUGGACGAGGGUCUUGACUUCAAUGAGUUGUCGUCUGAAUCCGAAUUCGAGGAGUCGGAAGAGGAAGAGAGCUCCACCGAUGAAGAAAUGCUAGACGCAGUCGAGGAACCAGUGGACGACGACGAUGACGACGCCGCCUCUUUCAGGCGGCGCCGCCGACGCAGAGGCCAUGGACCUUUCUCCGGACGAUAUGGUGCCCGAGGCGGUAAAGGGAUCAAGAGAGGACCACGAAAGCCACUGGAACCCAGUCCAGAAUUCAAGAUGCUUCAUUCGGAGGCCACCUCCGCCUUCAUCGAUGGAGAUUACGAUCGCGCCAUCGAUCUGGUGAAGCAGGCCAUCCAAGUCAACCCCGAGAUGUUUGCGGCCCACUCGUUGCUGUCGGAGAUCUUCCUGGCCCGGGGAGAGAAGGACAAGGCCUUGACUGCUCUUUUCAGUGGAGCGCACACUCGACCCAAGGAUCCCACCGUAUGGGCCAAGGUAGCCAAGCUAAUUUUAGAGAGAGCCGGUGAAGAUCGGCAAGCAGCGCUGAACGACGUGAUCUAUUGCUAUAGCCGCGUUAUUGAUAUUGAUCCGAAGAAUUACAACGCUCGUUUUCAGCGAGCAGCCGUCUAUCGCGAACUCGGGUACAAUGGCCGCGCGGCCACCGAAUAUGAGAGGAUCCUGAAAGAGCUUCCCCACAAUACCAGGGCUCUCCGGCACCUGGCUGAGACGUAUAUCGACCUGAAUGACGUCCAGAAGGCCAUUGAUCAUUACAUGAAUAGCGUCGACUACUAUAUGUCUCUCGAGCCAGACGAAGAGAUCGAGUUCUCCUGGUCCGACGUCAACAUCUGUGUGGAGCUCUUUGCCUACGCGCAUCGGUACCAGGAAGGUUUACACGUCCUGAAGUCCCUAUCGAGAUGGCUCCUGGGCCGGAAAGAAGACGACAUAUGGGACCAGAUCGAGGAAGACGAUCGAGAAUGGGACGCAGACGAUUUUCCUCGUCGGAUCAAGACUGACGGGUUUGAGCCUGGACUCUACCCUCGAGAGUCGUAUGGUUCGAGUCUUCCACUGGAACUGAGGGUCAAGCUUGGUGUCUUUCGAUUGAAGAUGGGGGACCGAUAUAAUAACGAAGCCUUGAGUCAUUUCGAGUGGCUCAACCCUGAAGACACAUCUCCCGGGGCCAAGAUCUAUGACUAUGGCGAUCUCUUCCGAGAGGCGGCAGACGCACUCAAGGAGGCUGGAUUGUUCGAAGAUGCUCUCCGGUAUUACACGCCGUUACAGCUCACGGACGAGUAUGCGGACGCGAGCUUCUUCAUGGCAAUGGGCGAUUGCGCCUUGUAUUGUGGGAAAGCUUCAGAGGCAGAGACUUGCUACUUAACUGUGGCGGAGCAUGAACCGAUGAACGUGGAAGUCCGUGUGAAACUGGCGAAACUGUAUGAGGAAAACAACAUGCAAGAGGAGGCGUUGAAAUACGUCAACCAAGCAGUCCUGCUGGGGCGGGAAGAGACGAGCCGUCGCCGACGGAGGAAAGACACCCGGAUUGAGCAGUUGGCCAGGGAAUUUCGAACUGGUGCUGCUGCAGGGGCAUUCAGGACUAUUGCGCCCAGGCCUCCAGCUGAAGUACCUCCCGCGACGCUCACCACAUCUGCUGCAGCCCGAAACCGCAUUGCGCAGGAGGAAACCGAGGAAGGACGUAGUGAGCAGAUUCGAUAUCUGUACUCCAAGAUGAUGGAAUUGCGACCUGCAAUGAGAGAAGGAAACGUCGAAGCCACCGAGGACUGGCUGGACAUCGCAGAUGCGUUGUUGCGUGAUUUCCGCUCCAACCGGGUCUUCUAUCCUUUGCAAAGAAAUAUGGUCUUCCUAGGCUAUUCCAGAGAAGCACAACGGAAAGCUGGCAAAAACCGGAACAAGACAUUGAUGGACGAGAUGCACGAGAUGGCUGGCCGUCUUCAACAAUCUCUUGGUAAGCUUUCCGAGACUGUACAGACAGCAAUCCCCACCGACUACCAUGGCAUUUCAUUCGAUGAAUGGCUGGAUAUAUUUCUCGAGUAUGCCUUUGUCGUUGCCGGGCAAGGUGAAUCGGAGGAGGCAUACGAUGUCCUGGCUGCAGCUGCGGAUGCUAGCGUGUGGUAUCAUUCCAAGCCUAAGCUCCGUCAGAUCCAUAUCUGCUGGUUCACGUGUGCUCUUCGACUGCAAGAUGAGGAGACAUUGGUCGCCGAAGCGCGAUGGUUCAUCAAGGAGUACCAAUUUGUUACGGACGCUUACAGGCUGUUUGCCAUGCUAAGCCGACUCUGUGGCGAUCCGCACAAGUCGAUGUUUCAUUCCUCGCCAAGUAUGAAGUUCAUGCUCCGUCAGAUCAAAGCUAUGGACUACACACUGCCUGAGGAUGCGUCUCGUCCGAAACCCAAGGCGCGAACGCGAGAAUCGAUAUACCACGAGCGCGCCUCUCUGUCGACGCGCGAUGAGCUCGGGGAAGCCAUCCCAGCCGAAGAGAUGGACACGGCUUUGCUCGUUCUCUACGGCCACAUCCUCUAUUCUGGAAACAGCUUCUAUCCUGCAUUGAAUUACUUCUUUCGCGCCUACAGCCUCGACGACCGGAACCCAGCCGUGUUGCUGUCCAUCGCUCUCUGCUACAUCCAUCACUCUCUGAAACGUCAGUCCGACAACCGGCAUUACAUGAUCAUCCAGGGACUCUCGUUCCUGCACGAGUACCGUCGCGUGCGGGAGAAGGCGGGGUCAUUGCUGUCGGAACGACAGGAGAUGGAGUUCAACUUCGCGCGGGUGUGGCAUCUGCUGGGCCUGACCCAUCUCGCGGUGGAGGGAUACCAACGCGCCCUGGCGAUCGGCGAGCAGAUCCGCGCCGAGGCCGAGCGACGCGGCGAGCCAGUAGCAUUUGUGGAGAAUUUCUCGAGCGAAGCGGCCAUGGCGCUGCAGAACAUCUAUGCAUUGAGCGGGGAUCUCAAUGCAGCAAGGGAGGUGACGGAGAAUUAUCUCGUAAUCUGA